GAUGGGUCUCACCAUCCUGAAGUUCUUUCCUGCGGAGGUAAACGGUGGUGCGGCUGCCUUGAAGGCCAUCUCUGCACCCUUCCCUCACCUACAUUUCUAUCCGUCUGGCGGAGUUACGGAGAAGACCCUCCAGGCGUACCUCUCUCUGAAGCAGGUUAUUGCUGUUGGAGGCAGCUGGAUGGUGCCACAGGAUGCCAUUGCUUCGGGCGACGAGGAGCUUCUCAAAACGUUGGCUCACAGCACUCUGCAGGUUGUCCGAGGUGUUGGCCAAGCAAGCAGCGGAAAGGUGGCAACUGCGUCCAUCGAUCACACUGCACGACUCUGGUCCAUAGACACAGGUGAUUGUUUGAUGACGUUCGCUGGGCACGAUGAUCAGGUCAUGUGUGUUUCAUUUUCGCCAGAUGGUGAGUUGCUUGCGACAGCUUCGACGGACAAGACUGCAAAGCUGUGGCUCUGCCAAAAUGGGCAGUGCAUCGUCACAUGCGUGGGACAUUCUGGGCCUGUUUACACGGCAUUCUUCUCGCCUGAUGGGUGCAGCCUCUUGACGUCAUCGCAUGAUCGCACGGUGAAGAUCUGGGACACAGCGAGCGGAAGUUUGACUGCCACUUUGUCCAAGUUCGAGCGCAGCAUCCACAGCGCGGUGUAUUCACCAGAUGGACACCUGAUAGCAGUUGCCGUAGAUGACCCGGAAGUGUCCAUUUGGAGCGCCAGGAGCUUCGAGCGAGUGAAGGUCCUGUCCGGGCACGAGAUGAAGGUGUUCAGUGCACAGUUCUCUCAUGAUGGAAGUCUGCUGCUCACGGCAUCAAUGGAUCAAUCUGCCAGGAUAACUGAUGUGCAGACGGGCAAGACCAAGCUAGUCAUCACAGGUCAUGAUGAUUGGUUGCGGUGCGCAGCCUUCUCUCCUGACAGUUUGAAGGUUGUGACAGCUUCUGGUGACGGAACGGCCAAGACGUGGAGCGCUGUCACUGGUCGGCGCUUGUUGUCCUUGGCUGGCCAUGAAGAUUGGCUGCGCAUGGCCGCAUUCUCCGCUGAUGGACGUGCUAUCGUGACCGCCUCCAAAGAUGGCACCGCCAGAGUCUGGCGUUCUGACAAUGGAGACUGCCUGCGAAAGUUGGAUGGCCACAAAGCUUGGGUGAGAUGGGCAGCCUUUGCGCCCGAAGCACACCCCCGUCGCAUGUCGAUCGGCGAGUUCGGCUGA